AAACCAUUUAAAAGAAUAAAAUAAUAAGGACCAUUUUUUUAUUUUAUAAAUUGCCAUAAAUUAAACCCGUCUUCUUCCCCAACUCUACAGUUCUACACUGUGGUCUUACGUACUGAAAUGAAGAAAGCGGAGCUGAUCUUCAUCCCCACGCCGAUCAUCGGCCACCUCACCUCCGCCGUCCAACUCGCCAACCUCCUCGUAAAUCGACAUCCUUUUCUCUCAAUCACCAUUCUCAUCUUCAAAGUCCCCUUCCCCACCAGAUCCGCCGCUCUAAUCCAAUCUCUCUGUUCCUCCUCCACCACCGAUCGCCUCCGAUUCAUCAAUCUCCCGGAGCAGCCCAUCCCCGACGACACCAAAAAAACCACCAUCCUCAAGCCCCUCGUCGAAUCCCAGAAACAAAAUGUCGCCGACGCCGUUGCCAAUCUCACCGCCGUACCGGACUCCCCUACGCUCGCUGGCUUUGUCGUCGACAUGUUCUGCAUACCCAUGGUGGAUGUAGCCAACCAAUUUUCCGUUCCCACGUUCGUCUUCUACACUUCCAGCGCUUCCUUCCUCGCCCUCCUCUUCCAUCUCCAAGAACUAUACGACGGCGAAUUCAAUCACGACAUGGACCAAUUGCUCAACUCUGCAACAGAAUUCACCGUCCCGGGUUUCAAAAAUCCGAUUCCGAGGAAAAUAAUCUCCACUAUGUUUAUCGAUAGAGAAACGACGGAAUGGGCACACUAUCUCACUCGCAAGUUCAGAGAAGCAAGUGGGUUUCUGGUCAACACAUUUUCCGAGCUCGAAUCCGGUCCCAUUACCUGGUUCGCCAAUCAGAACCUUCCGCCGUUGUACGCUAUCGGACCCAUUUUAAAUCUGAAGAAAAAAAAUCCCCAAAUCGAAGAAACCGAGCGGGAGGCGAUUUUGAAGUGGUUAGACGAGCAGCCGCCGUCGUCGGUGGUGUUGCUCUGUUUCGGAUCAAUGGGGAGCUUCAAUGAAUCUCAAACCAAAGAGAUCGCAGAUGCCUUAGAGCGAACCGGACUACGAUUCGUCUGGUCCAUACGGCAGGAUCCGCCGGAGAGCGUUCUUCCAGAGGGGUUCGUUGAUCGGAUGGCCGGAAUCGGAAAAGUGAUGGGGUGGGCUCCACAGGCGGAGAUAUUGGAACAUCCGGCGACGGGAGGGUUUGUAUCGCACUGUGGGUGGAAUUCUGUGCUGGAGAGUUUGUGGAAUGGGGUGGCGGUGGCGACGUGGCCGAUGUACGCGGAGCAACAGUUGAAUGCAUUUGAGAUGGCGGUGGAGCUAGGAGUAGCGGUGGUGGUUUCGUUGGAUUACAGUAUGAUGGCGGAGGAGGAGGCGGCAGCGGCGGCAAGGUUGACGUCGGAGAAGAUUGAGGCGGGGAUUAGAAAGUUAAUGGAAGGUUCGGAGGAUAUUAAGAAGGCGAUGAAGGUUAAGAGUGCGGAAAGUAAGAAGGCAAUAACGGAGGGUGGAUCAUCUUUUAAUGAUCUUAAUCGUUUUAUUAAUCGUGUGGUCCAUAAUAUUAAUACCCACUGAUUUUCCUUCUUUCAUUUUAAAUUAUAAACUUAAGUUAGGUAAUAAACGAAUGGUUAUCUAGAAGUUUGAGUCCCAUUCUAUUAAGUUAUACUUGUAUUUAUAAUCAUAUGAUAUGUGAGACUCGCUCUCAAGAUUGUAAUAAAAUAAUACAAUUCCAUUGAAGGACAAUCGAUCCAAUUACAUUUGAAAUU